CACAACUUUCAUGUAGCGGGAAUUUUGUUGUUGACAACGCUCCUAAACGUGAUUUGGUUUACUAUCUAGCUAGCUAGAAUAUAUAAAAUAACGUUUAUGAUGACCAGCAGCAACACUAAUAUCAGUUUGAUGAUCAUGUACAAGGAUGAGUCGGUGGACGUCCGUUACGUAGAUGAUUCCCGUUUGCACUUGUCGCCCUGUGGCUCGGAGUUCAUGUUGGAGAAAGCCCCUGCACGAUCUGCACAUCCUCUUCAGUCUAGUGAGAAGGUUCGACAGAGGACCAGGUUCGCCACCAGCAGCUACAAGGACCUGAUGCUUGGUGCUUUGGAGUUCAGGAACGAGUAUGCAACACGACCAUACCUGCCUGAAGAACUCAUCCRGGACGACCACAGAAAGCAGGUCUUCAGCAUUGACCCUGAGGUGGAGUGGCCUGCAUGUUAUUCCUGUACUGCUGAGGUGGGAUUGAACCGAGAGAURGUCGUCAGUUCAGUGGAGCGGAGUGCCAGUCUGCUGCUUUCUUCCUCUGGAGAGGAGUUCUCUGUAAACUUCACCUGCAGACUUAGUCACAACCAACACCACAGGCCUCGGAGCCGAGACCCAAAUAGGUCUGUCACUGAACACACACAGCAAGACAACCAAACCUGUAGGCCAAAGACUCCAUCUCAACAGAGUAGCGCCUGUGCUGAGCAACAGCAAGGAGCGGUAUACCUGUCCACCAGAGUGGUCCAGCACCACUCUGUCUCCUGUGUUCCUCUGGUGUGGCGCUACCCUCUGUCUCUGGCCCUUCAACUCUGGCACGCCCAGUCCCAGCCGCCCUCUGGAGAGAGGAACAGGGGGGAGACAGAAGAAGAGACAGCCAGGGGYAGAGAUCAGACUGAGAGAGCAGUGACAAUGACAAACACAUCAAUAGGAGAGAGGAGGUCUCACCUGCCCCAAGCCCUGCCUCUCGGAUGCCCUUCCCCUCAUCAGCACAGGUGGAAGUCCAGGUACUCUCUGGUCCAAGAUGAACAGGAGGCAGACCAAGACCUCCCUACAGAGUUGGUUAAAGUGGUGUGGUGCCAAGGGGUGCUGUACAGGAUAGUGGAUGGAGCCAUCCCAGUUGUGGKGGUUUCUCCAGGGGAUGGUUCAGUCAUCAGGUCUAACGGAGUGCUGGCCAGCUACUUCACUCACCACAGAGCUGGCCCUGGGCCUGGGGAGGUAAAGGAUGUGACGUACCACCUGAGCAGCCUCCCCCCUGACACACCUGGGCAGGUCUACUCUGUGUGCUCUAUGGUGACUCGAGCCAGCAGGAUCCUGAAGUACUACAACCAGGCCAGACACUCUCUAAAGCUCCCUGCUACACAGAGCUGCUUGAACCAGGAGACCAGUUCAGAGCCCUUUGUACAGGAAGUACACAUUUCUGAGUCUGGUUACAUGAAUAUCACUGAAACAAGACAAAGCAGGCCUAACUGUGUUGCUCAAGAGCUGGAGAAGAUCAAACGCUUCAACUGUAUCCUUAGUGUCACUAUUCUGGGUGGCUUUUAUGGCUCUACCCAGUUCUGUUGGAGAACAGUCAUCUUCUUAAAGCCCAGAGGGGUUCUACAGUGGUGGGCUGUGGUUCUAAAGAGCACGUGGCCCACUGUGAGCCGGUCAGCGAGAGCAUCGCGGAGGCCCUCCAGAGAACCUCCAAAACCAUCCAGGAUAUCGACAACCUCCUCUCAGCCACAGUACUUUCUAGAGACACCGUCAUGCAGGGCAGCGGAUAAUACAGUCCUGUGUGAUGUAGGGUUUACUGUCAGAAAAUACUUCUUGCAAAUGAGGAACAUGUGAAGCAGUCAGAAUUAUUUAUUGGUUUCAGUUUCACUAAGUAAGCAUUGUCAGCGUCAAAUGCAACCGUCAUCUAGUGGCAGUUUCAUUGCUUCUUUACUUACAGUUGAAGUACAGACUGCAGGAAAAAUAAAAUAGUUUUCGAUGAUUGUGAGACUCAGAUAUAGGUUAUGGUGUCUAACACUGUCCUGCAGACUAAUGUUUUGUGUUGUGCUAUACAGGAUGUGUGUCAUUUAUACUCUACAAGGUGGUGAAAGCGUUCCACAGGGAUGCUGGUACAUAUUGACUCCAAUGCUUCCCACAGUUGUUAAGUUGGCUGGAUGUCCU